AAGCCCAACUACACACUGAACCUCUUUCUCUUUCGUUCAUUCCGCGCUCUCUCCCAGUUUUCAGUUCUCAGUUCUCACCGCGCCGGCACCGAUAGUGCUUCCUGCUCCGCCGCUGUGACUGUGAGUUUCUCUCUCUGAAAUCACGAUGUUGUGACUGUGUAUUUCGUUCUCUUUCGUUUACUCAGCAAGUUCACUACAAAGCUACUUAAGUUGCAUUAGUUUUAGAGAUUGUUUCGUGAAUUGGCGUUGAAAUUUCAACUUUCAAACUACAAUAUAUGAUGCUACGGUGUCGCGUUGAACUAGCUCUGUGAUGGAAUGCGGUGCAGGAUACAUUUCUGAUUCUUUCGUUCUGCACAGUUGCAAGAAAAGAAGGGUUUCUGAAUGCUGCGUCAUGACAGGAAUUGAAGCUUCCUUGCCUGUUUUGUUGUCGCCUGGUUAUUACACGAAGCCGUCGUUGAAGGAACUGAGGGCGCGAGAACUUGUUGAUCCCGGUUACUGCAGUCGUGUGCCGGAUUUUACGGUUGGAAGAUUCGGCUAUGGAUUCGUGAGGUUUCUAAGUGAAACUGAUGUUAGAGGGUUAGGUCUAGAUGAAAUUGUGGAGUUUCAUAGGCAUGAGGUAGUUGUGUAUGGUGAUGAGAAUGAUAAGCCUGAAGUUGGGGAGGGGCUUAACAAGGCGGCUGAAGUGGUUUUGGUGCUGGACAGUGGAAUGUUGAAGUCUAGGGAGUGGGGCGAAGAUGUUCUGGUGAAGAAGUUGAAACAAAUUGCAGAGAGGCAAGGAGCAAAGUUUGUUUCCUUUGAUGCUGUGACUGGUGAGUGGAAAUUCAUGGUUCAACAUUUCAGUAGGUUUGGGUUUGGUGACGAUGAUGAAGAAGACAUUGUUAUGAAUGAUGCUGAGAUAUAUGACGCUGAGAAGGAAUCUCCGAUAGAUACUGAUGGGCUUGAGCUUUCUCAUUCUCUUCCUGCUCAUCUUAGACUUGAUCCUGUUAAGAUGAAAGAAAUGAGAUUGUUGAUGUUUCAUGAUGAAGAAGAGGAUAUGGAGGACUCAGAUCAGAAAUCAUCUUCUGGUAAGGAGUAUGUGAGGCCUUUACAACGUUCUGCUCAGGAAGUGACCCAUAGAUCUACUCCGCCAACUGUUCGAAAAACUCCAUUUCCAUUACUUGAGUAUAAACGCGGGAAUUUUGAUUCAGAUUCCCCUGGAGCCAUUUUGAUGGCUCAGCAACAUAAGGGCAUGCCUCUAAGGACAGUAAAAGCACAAGGUUUUAAGCUAGACCUCAAGCAUGAAACUCCAGUAUCUGGAAACUAUGCUCACAACAUAGUGGAUGCUGGUCUGUUUAUGGGCAAGUCCUUUCGAGUUGGGUGGGGACCGAAUGGGGUUCUCGUACAUUCUGGUGCGCCUGUAGGAAGUGGUGGCAGUCACACGCUAUUAUCAUCUGUUAUCAAUUUGGAGAAAGUUGCUUUUGACAAUUCGGUCAGGGAUGAAAAUAAAAAAGUGAGUGAGGAACUUGUAGACUCUGCUCUGGUUUCUCCGUUAAAUUUUCACAAAGGAAUAAACCAUGUGAUGAAAGAAGUUGAAAUUGGUCACUGCAAGUUGACACUUCAAAAGCUUGAAGCUGAUCGUACAACCCUGUCAGAGAUUUCUCAUCAGUACUGUGAUGUCAUCGAGAGACAAUUAAGUGUUCCUGGACUAUCUUCCUCUGCCCGGUUGGGUUUGACUCACCAAGUAAUGACCUGGGAGUUAAUUAGAGUUCUUUUUGCUGAUAGAAGACCAAAAAGUCCAGUAGAAUCUUUGGGUGCUGACAAUGAGGAAGAUAUGAUGCAGGAUACGAAGGAAGUUAGUCAAGAUGUUGAUCAAGAAGCACUCCCUCUUAUGAGGAGGGCAGAGUUCAGUUAUUGGUUGCGUGAGAGUGUUUCCUAUCAUGUUCAAAAUCAAAUAAGCUCUCUAAAUGACUCUCAUUAUCUAGAACAUAUUUUUCUGCUCUUGACUGGGCGACAACUGGAUGAAGCAGUGCAGCUGGCUGUUUCGAAAGGAGAUGUGAGGUUGGCUUGUUUGUUAAGUCAGGCCGGUGGUUCUACAGUGAAUCGCUCUGAUAUUGCAAGGCAACUUGAUGUCUGGAGAAACAAAGGGCUUGAUUUUAGUUUCAUUGAAAAGGACAGAUUGAGACUCUAUGAAUUGCUUUCUGGAAAUGUUCAUGAUGCUUUGCAUGAUAUCAAAAUUGACUGGAGGAGGUUCUUAGGUUUAUUAACGUGGUACAAAUUACCACCUGAUACUUCAUUAUCCAUCACUUUUCAGACUUAUAAGCAUUUUCUUGAUGAGGGAGCAGCUCCAUAUCCUGUUCCCCUUUUUAUUGAUGAAGGAACACCAGAGGAGGCUGUCAGUUGGAAAGCAGAUAAACACUUUGACAUCUCAUUUUAUCUCAUGCUUCUUCAUGCUAGUGAAGAGAAGGAAUUCAGCUCUCUGAAGGCUAUGUUUAGUGCUUUCUCGUCAACCCCUGAUCCACUUGACUAUCAUAUGAUCUGGCAUCAACGCGAAGUCUUGGAAGCAGUUGGUGUUAUCAGUUCUAAUGAUCUUCAUAUUCUAGACAUGGGAUUUGUGUCUCAGCUUCUGUGCUUAGGCAAAUGCCAUUGGGCCAUAUAUGUGGUCCUUCACUUGCCCCUUCGUGAAGAUUAUCCAUAUCUUCACGUAAAUCUGAUUCGGGAAAUAUUGUUCCAAUACUGUGAAACUUGGAGUUCAGAUGAAUCUCAAUAUCGUUUCAUCGAGGAUUUAGGCAUUCCCACAGAAUGGAUGCAUGAGGCUUUGGCAAUUUAUCAUAAUUAUAAUGGGAAUCUCUCAGAAGCCCUUGAGCAAUUUCUUCAGUGUGCUAAUUGGCAGAAAGCUCAUACCAUUUUUAUAACUUCAGUUGCACAUAAGUUAUUCUUGGAAGACAAACACACUGAGAUAUGGCGGAUUGCAACUUACAUGGAGGACCAUAAAUCUGAAAUUGAAAACUGGGAGUUGGGAGCUGGAAUUUAUAUUUCAUUUUAUUUGAUGAGAAACUCACUUCAGGGAGAUGCUGAUGCCAUGACUGAAAUGGAUUCUCUUCAAAGUAAAAAUGCUGCUUGUCAGAGUUUUGUCAGUCAGUUAAAUGAAUCUCUGGCAGUUUGGGGUGUCAGAUUACCAGUUGAUGCAAGGGUGGUAUAUUCAAAAAUGGGAGGCGAGAUAUGUGAUUUUCUGCUAUCUACUUUAGGUGAGGGUGCUAACCGUGAUGAGCAGUUUAACUGUUUUGACACUGCUUUCAGUGCUCCCAUUCCAGAAGACCUACGCUCUGGUCACUUGCAGGAUGCAGUGUGUCUGUAUACCAGCUAUUUGUCAGAAAUUGCUCUACGUAAUUCCACAAUCUGCCAUUUAUAGUGGUCUUCAAUGUGUUUAAGUAAAAUCAGAGUACAACUUCAAUGUGUUUGCAAGGCAGGAUUUUGAUCUGCAUGUGAUCUGUAAAAUGUAUUUUUUACAGUGGCCUUCCAUGAUAAGUCUGAGAUGCCUGCUCUAAAUAUGGCUAUAGUAACAUAUUCAUUAAGUUUGUUUGUUUGCCAAUUUAAUCAUGAAGAAGCACUAAACACUAAAGUGUAUACCGAGAUAUUUGGUGAAUUUAAUUCAAUGUUGAUUCAUGUUUGAGUCAACAUGUCAAAA